GAAGAGUGCUAGUAUCGGUGAAGAUGCAGCGGGCAUGACUGUCAACGCGGCCCCCGUGCCGUUGAAUUCUUAUCCUCUCCCCUUCGGCUCCGCCGGUGCUUCGAGCAACGGACUGUCGGCGUUCGCCAAAGAUGCGCUGACAAAGAGUACGACGCUUGCCGAGUUCAAUCAGAAGAUUGCGAACGCUACAUCCAAGCAACAGACAGACCCUGUGGUGGAACCUCAACCGAGUAAGACAGCCAAAAAGAAGGCACGCACUACCAAUAGCAAAGCACCGGCGAAGAAAAGCAAAAGUGCACCAACUUCAUCAUUUAAAAGUAACAACAAGGCUAGCGCGACCAGUAGUACUAAAGAUCCGGCUCACACUUCAAUAAUUUCUACUGCUACUAAUAUGAUAGGUCUAGGUGAAAAUGCAGCUAAUGGAGCAACAUCGUCAAGCAGUGCGACUGCCGACAACGCCGCCUCUGGAACGAACAGCGGAAGUGCUGGACAAUACUGUUCACAGUGCCAAACGGUCCAUCACUUCGCAGUGCAGCCUAAUGCUGACUUGCCACCAGUGCCACCAUUCAGCAACUCUUCUGCUAGUAGCAGCAACAUCUACGCAACAACCUCCGCGGCUGGCGGAAAAGGUGAAGCUACAACAGCGACACUAAGUUUUCCGUAUAAUGGAGGGUCAUUGGCAUUGGGUCUUCCUCCAGCUACACCAUUGGCAGGAACAACAUCAAAUUUGGCGGACAAGGGUAAGAAGAAAACUGUCGACAGCAUCUUGAAGCAGAUUCACGCGGAGCUGCCAAAAGGCCACUACUUGCAGGAGAUGCUCACGGAAUUCAUCCACGGCCCUUAUCAGGAGAACGGCCACGUUCCUGACGAGCUAUUGGACGCCCUGUGGGCUGAGGACAGUGUGCUGGACCCCUCACUUCUAGACGACUUGGAAGCGCU